UUAAAGCCCGACCCUCCUUUCCAUCAACUAAAUUCCAAUUGCUCACUUCAAAACAUGGGGUGAUAAACUCGGUGCUAGGGUUUCUUUGUCUCUUUUUGCACCAAACCACUUCCAUUUCAGUAUUUAUAACCUCCUCACCAUUCCAACAUUCAUCAUCUCUCUCUCUACCACAUCCCUUCCUAAAUGCUACUACAUUUACUAUCACUACCAUGGCUGGAGAUCUAAGUCUGCUUUCCUUGACCCAACUCCACGAACUGGCUCAACAACACCCCAACCCUGGUUUGACCCCCGGUUCCUGGAUGUGGAAUGCCCGACGGCCCACCCCAGACGACAAUGACUCAUGGGAGGUGAGAGCCUUCGCUGAGGACACCGGGAAUAUCAUGGGUACCACAUGGCCUCCUCAGUCCUACACCUGCACCUUCUGCAGGCGGGAGUUCCGUUCCGCUCAGGCGCUCGGAGGACACAUGAACGUGCAUCGCCGCGACCGUGCCAGGCUCCGCCAGUCACCGCCAGUGCCUGACCCAUCUUCAUCAUCAUCUUCCUCCUCUCCUUUCAUCUUCCCUACUCAGGAAUUCGUUGCAAGCGGUGGUCUAUGCCUUUUCUACCCCUUCCCAACCCCUGGAGCUGUCUUUACACCGACACCCGCCAAUGGCUGCUUGGAAUCACCUUCAACUCAACUAUCCAUUGCUCCCUGUGCUCCUUCCAUGACAAACAAUGCAACUUCAUCUAGCUCACCUUCCUUCAGUUACCCAAGCAAGGUAGAAUCCAAAGUGCCCAUUAACAAUAACAGCAACGACAGCACCAUCACCAACAACAACAGUGACAACAACAGCAAGAGCAAGAACUACAGCAACAACAACACCCACAACGAUCCAGUUCCAGUCAUUGAAGAGCUGGAUCUAGAGCUUCGACUAGGGCAAAGGCCGCCACGUCACUAAAAGAGAAGUCAUAUUGUAUUAUCUAUAUUCAUAUAUUAAUUUUGAUGCUUAUUGUUUGAAGAUGUGAUUUGUUUUUAUAGCUAAUGUCAGCUGAUAUCUUCUGUCGUAGAUUUAUUAUUAUUUUUUUUUCCUGCCUUACCUACGAGUUGGAUUGAAGGUAUGAUAUCAGGAAAAUGGUGGGUAUGAGAGGGGAAGAGUAGCUGCAAUUUGUGAAUGGGCAUUAGAAAAUAACAUGAUAAUUAACCAUGAUUAGGAAAUGAUAUUAGAGUUGGGUAAUGAAUCAGUACAUCUUGCAGUGCAGUGUCAUUUUCUAUUACACA